AUGGUGACGGCCACCAGUCUGGCCGGUCAAGCGUACGCCGACACCCUGGCCGGCCAGGCAGACGCAGGCGGGCGCAGUCAUCUCAAGCAGACACGGCCAUGUCCCAAACAACCACCACAGAUGCAGUCGCCAAAACAGCAGGCCAGAGGAGUGCAAUCACAAAUCCUGCAGUCCAGAGCGACGCAGUCUCACCAGUGCGGCAAGUCCCGGAAUAAUCGAUCGAGCGAUCCGAAGGUGAAAGCAAAAGGAUAA